AUGUCUCCGGCAUCAAGAGCCAAGUCCAAGGACAAGAAAUCUGGCAAAGAACCUCAGAAGGCACUAUCAAAGCCUUCAUCAGGCACUGUUAACGGGGGUAGCAGUAGUAGCAUCCCAGCCAGUGCAUAUAAUCCACUGUCUGGAACAUUCCAUACACUUGAAACCGUGCCAACAUCUGCCACCUCUCCCAUACACAACAAUGGCAGAUUCCGCAACAUAGAUGAGACAGAUGAUCAGUUUGGGGGAGCUGGUGGCGUGGAAUAUGAUUCUGUCUCAAACAAUGGAAGCUGGUCUGGUGAUUCAGAAGAUCACCACAAGGAGAAGACCUCCAACACCCCCGCACGCCAGGACGCAACAAUACCUGGUGCUGCCGACAAUGAUAAGAGAGAGAAAAUCCGUCAGAAGAAUGAGAGGAAGCAUCAGCGUCAGAAGGAAAGGCGGGCACAGGAAUUGCACGAGCGGUGCAGUGGCUAUCUCAUGUCAAGGAAGCUCGAAGCACUUGCUCAGCAGCUAGUUGCCAUGGGAUUCUCCCAUGAAAGAGCUACCAUGGCUCUAAUACUUAAUGAAGGUAAAGUAGAGGAAUCUGUAUCAUGGUUGUUUGAAGUUGGUGAAGAUGCAGAUGAUAAACACAGGGAUCAGAAUCUCGGUGGUGGUGGGAAUUUGAAAAUUGAUAUAUCCGAUGAGCUUGCUCGGAUUGCUGAUUUAGAAGUGAGAUACAAGUGCACGAAGCAAGAGGUUGAACGAGCAGUAGUUGGUUCUGAAGGUGACCUCGAUAAAGCUGCAGAGAGUUUAAGGAGGAUGAAGCUCGAUCCUCCUCCUUCACCUCCAAAGCCUGACGAAACUGGUGAUCCCCCAACCAUGGUUAACAGUGGCAAGGGGGGUCCAAUAGCUGUCAGUCAUCAGAAUGCUAUGAGAUCUCAAGUAAGACCUAAUCAUAGUCAACCUUCCAUGGUAGUACAACAGAGACGAGAUGAUAAUAGAGACUUCAACUACACAAAAGCAGCUGUUCCUCCUCCCUUGGGAGGAGGAGGAUCUCCAGAACCUGGGAUGGUGAAGAACUUGCAGCAGCCUUUGAACAGAAUACAACCAUCAAAGUUGGUCUCUGGUGUGGUGGUAUCAGAGAAAAGGUGGACUGGUGUGCCAGCAUCUAAUAGUAACCCAUCUGUUUCUUACUCUCUGUCGUCUCCUUUGCAAGUUUCACCACAGCCACCCAAGGCAGAUACCAGCAGGAGUGAAUAUAACAACAAGAACUUUCACCCUGGUGGAACUACUGUUAGAGAACCUGUUAUCAUGAUGCAGCGACCUCAACCUACUGUAAAUACAAAACAGCUUCCAGCAGUAACAAGCAUGAGCUCAUCUCCUCCACCCGGGUCUGCUAGCCUCAAUUGGUACCCUGCAAAUGGCAUUGAUAUGAUGAAGCCCAGUAAUGGAUUUGUGCCACAGAUUCCAAGCAACCUAAAUCCAAGCCACCUCACUUCCUCUAAUCAAAUGUUCCACAACCAUCAUCAGCAGCAGCAACAACAUUUUAUUCCUGGAAGCAGUCCUCUAGAGACAAGUAGGGGAGGGAAUGGGUUAUGGAGUAAUAGAACAGGGGCAGCUUCAACCCUUGCUGCUGCUUCUAACCUCGGACUCUUCUCUGGCUUCGGUUCAACUGUUUCUUCGGGGGCCUCCUCACCUGUCGAUUGGAGCACUGCAAGCUCGAUGGCACAGUUAGACUACACCAACAUAGACUGGAGUUUGGAUCGGAGUUCGUCUUCUCCAAGGCCUAACACAACAUUCUGUCUCGGGCAAGGGUCGUUAAUGAAUGGUGCCACCCAGGGUUAUGACCCUACAGGGUCGGGUUUGGGUGCAAAGCUAUCGAUGAGAGCAACUCCAAGUAUGAAUGGUGUAGGUGGCUUUGCAGGGCUGCAGGACGGUGGCGGGGUGACCAACCCGGAAACAUCAGCUGGCGGCUCGCAUGAAUGGACGUCUCCAUUUGAGGGGAAAGAUCUGUUUAGCUUACCCAGACAGUUUGUUUCUUCUCCUUCACUGUAG